UGUUUGAGCCAACAAAUCAUUCGUCAACUUCAGAUCUGUUUACAAUGGACUCAACCCAGAACAUAAUUUACAAUAAUUAUCAAUUAAAUUAUGACAAAUGUAUAACAAGUCCAUUUCAGAUUGUUAAUACCACGAUGAGUGCAAUGAAUCAGCAUCCGAUUCAAAUCAGUUAUCCCUUCCGACGGGAACAAUACGAUGGCAUUAUCAUAAAUUCAAACGCAUCACCGCAAAAAACACUGACAAGUGAUGACUCAUACAAUUUGAACAGUAUACAGAGUGGUAUAAAGGAAAAUAAAAAAUUGGGCAAUUCAUAUCGAUUAGAGAGUAUAUGUUCUGUCAAGAUUAACAGUCAGAAGACAGAAACCACUUAUCCUCAAACUGCAUACAAUAACUCAGUGUUACACAGACUAAAUCAAUCGAAAAGUGAAAAUCUUUAUGGGAAUUCUGAGGACGAUGAAGCUGUGAAACCAUUUAUUAAAGAACUAGGAAUCAUAUAACAAAACAAAUCAUUUAAUGUAUGAUGUAGUCAAAAAUAAAACUUUAGCUGAAUAUUUCUUAAGAUCCUUUUGAAGUUGCAAUGUACACAAUGUGUCAAAUCGUAUACCCCUGAUAGAGAAAAAAACACCGGGCCAAACAAAACAACCUAUGCAAUUCCUGG